UUGAUUCACGCUUUGUUCAGACACACGAAGCAGAGUCAAUGUGGAAAGAACAUGGCGACGUCCAUAUGUAGGACACUGAAAUCCCUUCAUCUAACAACAUGUCAUAAUAUAAAGUAUGUUGCGCCGCUGCUGGACGCGCGGUUGACGCAGCCGGUGCUGGUUCCGAUCCGCACAAAGAAGCGCUAUUUCAUUCCUCCAGCUGCAAAUGUCAAACAGAAAACACACGCCGAACAGGAGGCUCAGGCCCGGGCAGCGGGUGUGGUGGUCCGGCAGGAGUACAUGGAGAGAGCAAUCAAUAUCGCAUGCACAGCGGGCAUUUUUGAUCCUUAUUUGCCACCCGAGGGAGAUGCUCGACUUUCCACAUUGUCUAAAGAAGGUCUUAAACAACGUACAGAGCAACUUCGUCAAAGCGCAGCAUCGCAGCUAGCGAUUCGUAAAAUAAAAGAACACGACCCUGAAUACUCCUCAAAAGUGUUUGCAGCAAGAGCUCAGGAGAUUUUUAUAGAGGCACAUGGAAAUCUCACACAGUUUAACAAAGAAAAGCUUCAUUCUUUGGUCACCGAGCGAUGUUACCCUGAGAUGGUACGUGGAAACCGCUAUAAGACUCUGCGGUGGCGUUUCAUCGAGUCAUUGGAGCCUCCACGGGUGGUUCAUGCUCGAUGUCCUGACAUGGUCAGUAAGGGCAACCUGUAUGGUCAGGUGACUGUCCGUAUGCACUCUAGACAGACAUUAGCAAUCUAUGAUCGUUUUGGUCGAUUGAUGCUUGGGGAUGAGGAGGAACCAAGAGACGUCUUGGAGUAUUUGGUGCUAGAAAGGCAUCUGGUCAACCCCUAUGGAAGAUGGAGACUUCACGGCAAGAUUGUUCCAGCAUGGGCUCCACCGAAAGAACCAGUUAUUAAGACUAUCAUGAUUCCUGGACCUAAACUUAAGCCUGAGGAGGAUUUUGAGGAUCUGAGUUACCAGGUACCAAAGCCUAAGGCAGUCCAGUGGUACAAGUAAUUCUGAAUGGUGGUGCCUUCCUCCACAGGUCCACUGUGUACAUACUGAUUUCUAAUGUCCAUAAUCUUCCAUAAUAAAUGUUGUAUUUAAAAACGUUU